GUUUUGAAGUGUGGAAAAGCUGGGCCAUUCUUAGUACGUGGAGGUUGCAUAUAAAUAUGGAAACGGGAAAAAAAAAAAAAGGCAUAACUUCAAGAAACGCGUCGCCUUUUGUAAACAUAAAGGGGACAUAUGUAUUUCCUCUUCCGAGCUGCGUUAAUUUCCCCCCCAAUUAGGAUUACCCCAAUUGUGAGCCCCCUUUUUUCCCCCCUUUUCGCCGCUUCCACUUCAAAACAUGAGUUAAGUUAACAACUUUGCGCGCAAACCUCGAAGCAAACUCCACCCGUACGAAAGAAUCCCCUUGUGAGGACCACUUUUUUGUCUAGUUGGGAAUGAGCACAAUGGAGAAUGACAAGGGGGGCGGCCCGGUCAAGAUCGACAUGAAGGAGCAGCAGUGGAGAAUAUUCGAAUACAACAUGAGCAAGUGGAUGAUCGAAAACAAGUACAUUUUGGAUAAGGAGGAGAAGAAAAAAUUUUACAAGUGUGCAAAUUAUAGCAUAGGAACUGGGGUUAUAAAUGCGUCUUUAGUGUACUUCUUUUGCAAAAGGAACCAGAAAUUCUUCACGCCCAUGUCCAGAUUUUUUUUGACCUUUUCCCUGGGCUUGUACACCUCCAUGGUGGUGAACAAAAUUUUCAGGCGGAAGGCCUACAUGGAGAUCCUGACGGAGAAGACCACCAUGACGGAUAAGGCGAGAGAAGUGAUGAACGACAUCUUGAAUGUGAAGGACGACGUUGGAAAAUCGCCCUCCACCGGAAGUGCCAACAAGUUGGGCAGUACGAGCACGUCGAAUGUGUAUUCCAAGGGCCUGUAUGAUCACGGGCAGGCGCAGCUACAGGGAGAUCCCCCCUCCAAGGGCAAUGUAAAUGUCCCCUUUGUUCAAGAUCUAAAUGAAACCAUUCUGAAUGAACAGAUGAGUGACGACUUCGAAAGAUGCAAAGAUUUGUCAGUUUGCACGGAUGAAAAUUUAAAACGCAUGAUAAAAAUAUUAGAAAAAAAUUCUUGA